AUGGCUCGAUGCUGCGUCACAUUUUCCUUGGUUGUAACAGUUGCAGCAUGGCGGGAGGUGGUUGCCGUGAAUCCGCUGCAGAUGAUGAAGACCAGCGAUAUUGCGGAUGAGUUCAAGAUGGCGUUCGAUGCGCUCCCCACCACCGAACAAUUGGUGAAAGACAUGGAGAAGCUGGAUGCAGCCGUUGCGAAGGAGUCAAAAAGGAAACCCGUUCAUUUGUGUGAAGGUCCUUCGUACAGAAGGGACUACUACUCAGCGUGCCCAGCAGGAUGGCAACAGCUCCACAAUGGCCAGUGCUGGGGAAGGAGAUACAGAGGGCCAUGCGAAGCCCUCCACUUUCUCAGUCACUUCAGCGAAGAGCAGAAGAUUGCAUUUGAGAAUAAUUGCUGCGCCUACUGGCCUGAAGUGAAGCCGCGUGUUAUCUCCAGGAAAGUUUCCGUGGCGCGGGGACCGGUGAGUUAG